AUGGAGGUGGAGGCCCCAGCUCCGCGUCGCCGGCCCUCGUCCCGCGUGACCCGCGGCGGGGGCAACCGCCCCCUGACUUUGGCCGCCACCGCCAGCGCUUCACGGAUCGCAAACAAGGAGGACGAGAAGACGGCUUAUUUGGCCAAGGUAGCGGCGCAGCAGGACGCUAGCAGCUUCGUGGAGCGGCUGAGUCGCGGUGAGCAGCAGGAGCUCCUGGCUGGCGUCGCGUGCGGGUGGCUGCCUGCCGGAGACGACACAAGGCCCAACAGGGAGGCUCCCGCGGGGAUCAUCAGCCAGAUGACCGGAAUUGGUGCCUCCACCGAGAUUCUGCAGCUGCUGUGGCCUCUGCGGAAGGACGGGCCGCCCCCGCUAGACGCGCGCGAGGUCCACCAGAUGGUACGAGAGCUCACGCUUGGCUUGUACGGCCUCAACCAGGCACCCAGCGUGAGCAUGGAGCCCGCGAACGACAGGAGCACGGUGUGCCAGUUGCCGCCCGCAUACGUCCACACGAGGGUGGGUCAGGUGCUCGCCGAGGUGGACUACACGCUCAAGGCGCUGUGGCACGGGGCGCACAUGGGCCACGAGAAGCGGGUGCGGUUUGGGGAGUACUGGCGCGCGGGCCUGGAGCUGGACAGCAUGCGGCGCACGCAGGAGGAUAAGGAUAUCCUGCAAGACUUCACCUCGGCCGGGAUGAUCGACGUGGCCAAAGACCCGGACUGGGCCGGGAUCUAUGAGGACGACGGAGUGGCUGACCCCUCGUACGAGAUCAACAGCGCCGAGGAGCGCCUCCUCUUCACGGAGCACUCGGAGGGUGCAUGGCUGGGCCUGGUUGUGGCGGUGGCCUCAGUCGCUCAGCACCAUGGCCUUUUUGUGUGCGAGCCCCGCUGGGACGUGGACGGCGGCCUCCGUCCCAGCGACGGGCAGGCGGAGCCGCCUCCCCAGAUCCGGCGCCGGCUGCAGCGGCGGCUGGCCACGCACCGGCGCCUGAUGCGUGCACACUUGCCGCGCAAAGCCGAGUCGCGGAAGCUGCUCGAUCAGCUAGGCCUCGUGGCGUGCCUAACGCCCAUCCUGCUGGCGCUCAAGCGGCGGAUGAAGGUGCCCAACCUGAGUCGAUUGCUGCCGCCGCUCACCGAGGAGAAACUCAAGACGGAGUCGGAGUUCCCACCGCUGGUCCUGGGCCCCGACUUUGCGUGCCGCCACUUCUUGUACGAGAAGCAGAGCUACUUUCACCUGCACGGUUCUGUGCAGCUCGAUCUCAGCACGCCGCCCCUCGGCAACGUCGACCCAGAUAUCGCGGGCCGAUAUGCGGAGAUCCAGCGCUUGGGGAGUUCUCAUCUCCUCCAGAUGCUGGACCCAGACGCUCCCUACAGGGAGAGCCACCCCUUUCCCACCAUCGUCGUGGGGGAUGAAACGUACCAGGUGAUCUCGGUGCCACUGGAGCCGUUCUCUCCACACAUGGGGCGGCCGUGGUGGUGCGGGGCGUUGCGCCAGCUGAUCGACUCGCUCCGCCUGCGCCGCCUCCCGCUCAGCGACGUCAUCAUUCAUGAGCAGUUCAAGCAGCGGUUUGGAUACCGCAGAGCCAUCCGCUACAAGAGCGUGCCGGUGGGCCUCCGGGCGGCAACCCAAGGUGGCCUGGUGGCGGCCUUCCUGUCUCUGAGCCGCCGGGAGGUCGCGUCCCGGCUGGGCACGCUGGACGAGCGGGGCCUCGCGCUGGUGCACCACGCCGCCACGCACAACCGCCCGCCGAUGCUCAGCCUGCUCGCCAACGCCGGCGCCGACCUGCAAGCACCGAGCCGCUCCGAGGGGCCCGACCCACGCCUCAACGGUCCCGCUCCCAUCCAUCUGGCGGCACAGCACGGCUCGCUGGAGGCAUUGGGCUGCCUGCUUGCGCUGCGUGUCGACCCGACGCUGGCGGAGGGGCACGGCUGGACCGCGGCACACUUUGCGGCAGCACAUGACCACGAGCCGGUGAUCCGCGCGCUCCACCACCGCGACCCCGCGCUGCUCACGGCGCGUGCCACCACCCCACCCCGAUCGACGCCGGUGCUGGUGGCAGCGGCGCAUGGCUCACUGGACACCCUGCGCUGCCUCCUCGCGCUGGGCGCGGAGGCCACGGGUGUCGAUGACUGCGGGAAAACGGCGGCACACGUGGCCGUCGCCGGCCUGCACACGGACGUGCUGCAGCACCUGGCUCGACUUGAGCUGCCCGAGCUGCCGGUGUGGGCCCUGCUCGUCGGGAUGUUGGGCGAUGAAAAUAUCGAGAAGGUUGAGAUGACUGCACGGUGCCUGGAGGUGCUGUGUGUCUCGCGGGACAGAUACGAGCAUAGGACGGACAACUGGAGACACCUGCUGGCAGCAGGUGGUAUGCCGGAGCUGGUGCGGCUGCUGGACAGUGAGAGCGAGACGGUGUCGUGCCUGGCGGCGUCGGUCAUCUGCAACGUGUCCGACCACGAGGAGGCAUGCAAUGCGGCCGUGACGGCCGGCGCCAUCCCCGUGCUGGUGCGGCUGCUGGGCUCGACGGCGCGUGGGGAGCUGCAGUCGCGCUGCGCCGUCGUGCUGGGCGACGCGGCCGCCCUGGGCCACCGCGACGCCAUCGCCCGGGAGAAAGGGAUCGCGGCACUGGUGCGGCUGACCCAGCGAUGCAGCCUCGAGGGCGUGCUCGUGAACGUCGUGGACACCGUGCGCGUCAUGUGCGAUGGCGACCCGUCAUGCCAGGUGGCCGUGGUGCACGAGGGUGGCAUUGGUCCUCUCGUCGAGUUCCUCGGACUCAACUCAGACAGCCUGCAGGCCGCUGCAGCGCUGGCCCUGGCGACCGUCACGAGGGCCCAUGAAGGGAACCAGGCAGCGGCGGCGGCCGGGGGCGCGCUGGCGGCGCUGGCGCAGCUCGUGUGUAGCCGGCGCACGGAGGAGCAGGUGAGAGCGGCGGUGGCGGUCCAGGCGCUGUGCGAUGGCAACCCCGGCAUCCAGCGUGACUUCUUGGCACUGUCCGUCACCCAACCCCUGCUGCGUCUUCUCAAGGUGUUCCAGCUGGAGGUGCGGGAGCAUGGGGCGUUGGCGCUGUGGGCGCUGGCGGGCGGAACCCAGCACCAGCAAGCGACCGUGGUGCUGCAGGUUGGCCUGCGUCUCAUCAUCGACAUGCUGCUCGCAUCCUCCGACAAGCUGCAGUUUGUCGGUUGCCACGCGAUGGCAGCGAUGGCUCGGGAGGGGCGCGCCCACCAGGAGCAGAUCUGCCGUGAGGACGGCGUCGCCCCGCUGGUGCGGCUGCUGCGAACCCCGCGCACCACCGAGCGGACGCUGCUAGCUACCGUCUCCGCGCUCGGGGCGCUCUGCGUGGGUGUGGCCCAUGUGAACACACGUCUCAGCCAGAACAAGGUGGAGGAGGAGCAGGCCAUUCCCGAGCUGCUGCGGCUCCUGUCAACUCACGCCAACCCCAACAUCAAGGUGGAGGCGGCGUGCACGCUGGCCUAUGUCCUGCUGAAGAACCACGAGGUCCAGGAGAAGAUGAUGGAGAAGGAUGGCUUCAACUACGACGUGGUCCUGGAGCUCCUGGAGCAUCCGGACAGGGCGGUCCGGCUGCGUGCGGGCUACGCCCUCGCCGUCUUCGCCUACAACAAUCGGGAGCAGCAGGCAACCUUGGCGCAAGCGGGGCGCAUAGCCGUCAGCGACCUCCUGCCCUUCCUAGAGUCGGAGAACGAGUACGAGCAGGCGCAAGCCGCCUUCCAGAUGGUGGUGCUGUCCGGAGUAUUCCGGGAUGGUGAACAAGUCUCGCUCACGGCGCAGGGCCUCUCCGUGCUGGUGGGACUCCUCAGCUCCAACAACCUGGAUUCCAUCGUCUUGGCCAGUGAGCUCCUUGCCAGUCUGGCACACACGAGGGCCGGCCUUCCCAUUGCCAUGGUGACUCUGGGGGCCAUGGAGAUGCUCACCGAACACCUCUUCUCCUCCACCGACACGGUUCGUGAGGCAGCGGCGGUGGCAUUGGGCUACCUGAGCUUCAACCGCGAGGCUCACCGCAUGCUACUGGUCUCCUGCCGCUGCCAGCCCGGCCUCUACAAGCAGCUCAUGUCCAGCCUGGGCCCCGAUGCACGCAUCAGCCCAGACUUCAUGGCUGACUUCGAGCGGCAACAGCUCAUCGGCCUGCCGGCGCUCAGCUUGGAGAUAUACGGUGGCCCCAAAGUCAUCCCCGACAAUCAUAAAGGCCGAGCCAAAACUGCCGUGGGCCCGCGAUACAAGGCCGAUGGUUCACCGGAACGGAGAACUCCUCGCGCAAUCUCAGCGCCGGCCAAGCUGGCCCUGCAGCCCUCGAGGAGCACUUCUCUCCGCGCCAAGUCAGCGGCGCCUCGGGCCCACCCAGCGUCCGCAGCGCUCGGCGGCAGGAGCAUGCGACCCCUGUCUCGGCUGAGCCAAAUUUGAGGCCGCCCGAGAGGUGCAGGAGUGGCAGAAUUGUUUUUGACACACGGUUAUCCAUGUCCACACUGAGACACGAUACAUGUCAUGGUUGCUCCAAAAUGUGGCCGCCACUCCUCCUGAUGUCCUGUCCACUUCAGCAAUCAAGGCCUUCUGUUUAA